AUGCAUCCUCCUGUAGGUUUCACCUUUGUGUUUGUUAGUCAUUACAUACUGCAGGUACCCAGCUUGUGCUUCCAGAAAGCUAAAAUCAACUCAGUGUUAGAUUGGCAUCACCUUCACCUGAAUUUGCGCCGCAGAGCAGCCGCUGAAGCCGAGAAAGUUUUGGCAUCAUCUCUGUCCACAAUAGAGAAUAUUUGGCUAAAGGGUAUCCAACUGAUGUUUUCAGGAGAGCCAAAGUUAACUCAGUAUUGGAUUGGCAUCCCUCUAAUGGAGCAGUCUUUUAGGACAACAAAGUCCUGA